GGGAUGAAGCGUUAUAUGAUGAUGAAUUGGAAAAUGAAGCGGAAGAACUCGAGGAGUUUUUACGUGACUGAUUUUGAUUCGUUCUGAUACGCAGAUGCCUGGAGCACGACGAGACUUGACGAUCUCGAGGUAUCUGCUGGUCCGUGAUACACCCGAGGAGGACCUCAUCUGGAGUGCAGCGCGACUUUUAGGAGUUCGAGAUGGAACUCCUAUCGACUUGUUCGGCUUCAUUGGACUGCUUCGAAAUGGCGAGGGAUUUUUCCCUAAUACUCGCGCACAUUUCAGAGCCAACACGGCUCGAACUUCCGACGAGCUUUACGGUACGGCGUCAAGAACAGGGGAAGCCAAGUCACGAUCUUUGGGGCAAAAGGCGAUGGAUUUCCUGCUGGAGAAGAUACAAAUCAAAGCAGAGAUCAAGAUCACGAAGGAGGUAAUCAAGGGAGAAGGGUGUAAAGAGGAGGAGGUGGAAGUUUGGGAAUACCCAGAAGAGGACAUCCAAUCGUUGAAUGAGCUGUACGAGAAGCAUGCGGUCCUCUUCAACUUCUCGGGGAGAAGCAGAGAGCUUUCACUGAACGAGAAGAGAAGGGGUAGAGGCCACCUAGGUACCUCUUGUCCACAAGGGGGAUCAGGAGGAACAGAGGGAAAACGGGUGGCAUUGAGGCAAUCUAUGCUGCAGGAAUGCGAGAACAAACCAGGUGUCUGGUACAUUAAUUCAUCUCAAUACAGGGGGUGGAUAUUUGACGACAACCUGGAAAAUCCAAGAUGGGUGUGGGUCUUGAAAAGGGAACCAACGGUCAAACCAGACAUUUAUCCGCCUUAUGAUAGUAGGUGGAGACACACCGGGGCCAAGAGAAUGGAGGACAAGGAAACGGGUUACUUCGUUAAACCCAUUUUGGACGAUCCGGUCAUGCAGGACGUUGAGCAAAGAUUGAAGCUCGUGAGGGAAUUGCACGAGGUGGGGAGGAAUGCGGAAUUCGCCUUUUUAGAAAAUGUUGAAGCCAGAGCACAGCAGCAAGAGCAAAUAAGAGGCAAUGAGGAGGGGUCAAAAGACAUGGAGGAGGGUAGGGGGGACAAUAUGGAGUAUGAGGACGGAGGGAGAAGUGAAACAGAAGGAAGAGACACCGCCACAAAGAGAAAGGGAGAUUCAAGGGGUGAAGAAGGGUCUGGUACUCAAGAAGGAAGUUCGCAGCAGGGGAAAAGAAGACAAAAGACCCAAUUGGGGGAGGACACUGCUGCAAGGGAGAAAGAGGAGGAGGGCGGAACCAGCAAGGAAUCUUCAAGGAGCUCAGGGAAGGAGAGUGAGUCAGACACAGGCUCACAAGGCGUGGUAUCAAAAGGAACCAGGGCAGGGGAGGAAGAGUCAGGCAAAGCAGGAGAGGGAGAGGUGGUCUUGAUGGAUAAGGAUCUCUCAGAGGGGUCGUCACAGCACGAAGAGGACAGAAGCGGAUCCCAGGGGUCCCAGGAACUGGAAGACGAAGACAGAGUAAGAGAAAGGGCGAGAAGGAGGGGCAUGCUCAAUGUUGAAAACAUGUCAGUGGAACAGAUCCUGCAAGCAGAGGAAGACCAGAGGGGGAUCUCAGGAGACACAAAGAACGAAGCCUCUUCAGCGGAAGAGGAAGAAGAGGAGGAGGAUGAGCAGGACGAGCUGGAUGAGAAAGACUGGUCAAGGGAACAGUGGGUAAAGGAGGUAGAACAACUGGAAUGGGGGAGAACGAUUGAGUGUGAAAUCAGACUGGCCCACCAUAAACACCUGAGAAACCUCCAACAAGUCACACAAGCAGGGGAGGACAUCACAUCAAAAAACAGGUUUGAAUUGCUAAGGAGGGAAGGAGAAAUCAAUGAGUUCUAUGCUUCUCAGUACGCAAGUAAGACCCGCACAGUCAAGAAUGAGAUCCACGAACAGCAAGAGGAAUAUGGGAGAAUACUCUUGAUUGUCCCCCCCUAAUGUUCCAGGCCCAUUCUCCGGGGUCCACCUCUAGCUUCUCAAUUGGUAUUGUUGGAUUGUACACUGUAAACUCG